AUGAGUUUCUCACUUCUGUUUCUACAGCGGGAAUUAAAGGAACAGCUACAGACGUUGCAGGAGAGCGAACGCGGACACACCGAAGCCCUUCAGCUCCUGAAACGCCAACUGGCUGAAACCAAAGUAAGAAUCCUUCCAUUGCUGGAUAACGCAUGAAAUUACGAUGGCGAAUAAUAAAUCUUACUAGAUCCGCCAUGUUUUCCAGGACGUAUGUAGCGUCUACAUGAAUUCUACAUGAAUUCAUCAUUAAAAAUUGCAAGUCCCUGGCGUAUGUUCGUGUGUUUGUGUAUAUAUAUAUAUAUAUAUAUAUAUAUAUAUAUAUAUAUAUAUAUAAAAUCAGGGCCAGAUUAAGAGCCCAGUGGGCCUGGUGCUGACAAUUAUGACGGGCCUAAUUACGGAAUCAUAUCGACCAAAAACAGUAAAACACUCCCAAGUGUCAUGUAUCUGAUGGAGAUGGUGCUGGAGAGAUAGAAAACAGCAGCUAUAAGAAAACACAUACCCUAGGCUAAUCUCUCUCUAAUUUAUGUUUUCAUCUUUCAAGUAAAUCCAUAACCCCUAACAGCAGUGUCCAGUCAAGCAGGAAGGUAAAAGGGUGUGCCAUUGACACAAAUCACGUAACCUGCCAAAAGGGGCGAACAUGCCCAAAAAGAGGACAUGUCUGCCCAAAGAAUUAGAAGGCCAGCCUGGCAUGAAUGCAUGUCAGGCUGCCUGCCAAUCAUGCAGCUGGCCAACUAAGGGUAUACUAUGCAGACAGCACCCUAAGCUUGGCAUUAAGGUAUCUAAUGAUGCGCUCCCUCAACGCUUUCUAAGGACUGUCCCCUAGCACUCGCUGGUCCACUUGUCUCCUUACAUUCUUAGUAGCAGGCAGAAGUUCCUGGUAUAUAGUCUGGGACAGAGAAAAGCUGUAUGUAGUGAGUGUAGAAGAAAGGGAACAUGCCACAGUGUUAGAGAGAUCAAAGUCAUCAUUACCUUAAAGGAUCACUAUAGGGUCAGGAACACAAACAUGAAUUCAUGACCCUAUAGUGUUAACACCAUCAUUUAGCCCCCCCUGGGCCCCUCAUGCCUCCAUAAAUAUAGCAAAAUCUUACUAUAUUCAAGCCUGAAGCUGUAACUCUGCAUGCUGUUAGACUCAUAAAAACAAGCAGUCUGCUGACAUCAUUAGAAGUGGUGGCCUGAUCCAAUCACAGUGCUUCCCCAUAGGAUUGGCUGACACUGACAAAGAGGCAGAUCAGGGUCAGAGCCAGCAUGAUUCAAACACAGCCCUGGCCAAUCAGCAUCUCCUUAUAGAGAUGAAUUGAAUCAAUGAAUCUCUAUGAGGAAAGUUCAGUGUCUGCAUGCAGAGGGAGGAGACACUGAAUGUUUGGAUGCAUUUUAGGCAGCCAUGACCCAGGAAGGAUCUCUAACAGCCAUCUAAGGAGUGGCCAGUGAAGUUAUCACUAGGAUGUAAUGUAAAGACUGCAUUUUCUCUGAAAAGACAGUGUUUACAGCAAAAGGCCUGAAGGUAAUGAUUCUACUCACCAGAACAAAUUCAAUAAGCUGUAGUUGUUCUGGUGACUAUAGUGUCCCUUUAACUAUAUUCAUUGUCAACCAGUCCACACAAGUUUUGUUCCCAUACAUCCCUCUCAAGUUUCCAUACUUAAGUAAAAGUAUGUGAAAAGUAGUUAGGGUUGCCACCUUUCUUGGAAAAACAUACUGGCCUUACUAAUUUGCAUAAUUAAAUAUGUAUGGGUGACAUCACAUGAUGUAAAUCACAAGGAGUGACAUAAGAGAAAAUGCUGUAAAAUCACCAAAAAGUACUUAGUUUGAUUAUGCUGUAUAGAUGGAUUCCUCCCAGUGCCCUCAUGACUCAGUGCCCCCAUGUGUCGAUUACUCCAGGUCUCAGUGUUCCUAUGUAUCAGUGUCUCGGUGCCCCAUGUCUCCCAGUGUCCCCUAGUGUCAUGUCCCCAGGUCUCCCAGUGAUCCUAUGUAUCACAGUGUCUGAAUGCACCAUGUCUCCCUGUGUCCCCAUGUAUCCCAGGGUCCCCAUGUCACUAGGAAGACGGGGAAACCUGGGGACAUGGAGACACCAGUGACACUGGGAGACUAGGGGAUUCUGGCUGGGACACAUGGGGACAAUGUGAAAAUAGGGGACACAGACACCAGGGACACAGACACUAGAGACACUGGCUGGGGGACAUGGGGACAUUGAGGGACUGGGAGACAUGGGGACACUGAGACACCAGGGCCACAGACACUAGGGACACUAGCUUGGAGACAUGGGGACAUUGUGACACUUGAGGCACUGAGAGACAUGGGGACAGUGAGACACUGGCAGACUGGGGGCACUGGGAGACUAGGGGUCACUGAGACACCAGGGACACUGGCUGGGAGACAUGUGUCUGUGUCAUAAUGUCUCCCAAUGUCCCUUAGUGUCUCAGUCUCUGCCAUAAUGUCUCCCAAUGUCCCUUAAUGUCUCAGUGUCUGCCAUAAUGUCUCCCAAUGUCCCAGUGCUGGUAUUGCAUAGUAAAAAUACCAGCAUUUGUAUUGCCAGUAUCACUGCAAUAUUGGCACCAGCCAGGCAGCCUCAAAUACUGGCUGUGCCAAUAAAAUAAAAGCCAGGUGUAAAAGUGGCACCCUCCACCUCGGCCACGCUAACAUUAAACUACACACCAUUACAAACGCUCUGCAACACUGAAAUGCACAAAUGGAAACAUACGAUGAUCUCAUGGCUGGGGAGGAUUAAUGCCUACAAAAUGAUGAUCCUGCCCCGCAUUCUCUAUGUCUUUAGGAUGCUCCCCCUCAAAAUACCCGCCCAAUGCUGCAAAACACUACAAAAACUAUGCAGCACUUUCAUCUCGGGGGGUAAGAAACCUAGGGUAUCCAUGGCACUCCUCCAAACAGAAACCCGCUCUGGCGGAGUUGGUCUCCCCAAUCUCAGACAGUACUAUAGAGCGGCUAUCCUAUCCACAGGUGUCCUCUUCCACACACCACCUAAUACGAUUCAAUGGGUAGACAUGGAAAGAGCACAAUCCGCAACCAAGGCCUACUUGACUAUCUCUGGACACCCAAACACCUCAGACCGCGACGACAGGAUCUCUUCCCAACCACCCAGCUCACGCUGGCAGUAUGGGAUGAAUUCAUGGGAGCCAAUGGAUAUAACAACUCCUUCCACCCCAAAUCACCCAUCUCGAUACUCAGAACAAUGGUAACAGACAUACCACUCCAAGAUUGGCAUAAGGCAGGGAUCAAACACAUAUCCCAACUGAUGACCGAAGGGAAAGUAACACCCUUCCCCACACUACAAACGCAGUGGAAACUCCCCAGCCGAGCCAUCUUCUCCUACUUACAGAUUAAAAGCGUAUUACAAGCACACAUAACUACCGCACACAACCCAAACAGCUCCCCACAAACCACAUCACAGCUGCUCAUUGACAGAUGCUGGUCCUCACCCAAUAAACCUAAAACACUCACACUAUGUUACAAAACGUGGCAAGAACUCACGCCAGCUAAACCACAUCCGCACAAAGCCCAAUGGGAGAUAGACUGUGACAUAACCUUAACAAAUAUGGAGUGGCUACAAGCUCUGAACGGGUUGUCCAAACAAACAAAAUGUUUCUCACACAUAGAGGCCCACAGGAAACUCAUGUACCGGUGGUACAUGACCCCACAACGACUUCACCAACUAUUUCCCGCGACGAGCCCGCUAUGCUGGAGAUGCCAAUCAAGCCCAGGCACACUGAUACUCCUGUGGUGGUCUUGCAGAGGCAUCCAACCUCUCUGGACUGCUACGAGGUCAAUCCUAGACACACUAGACAUUCCAAAAUUUGAACUGACAGCACCCAUUUGCCUAAUGCUCCUGCUCCCCACAGGCCUUAACCCAGGCCAAAAACAAAUCAUAACGUUAGUCUUCAUGGCCUCAAGAAAUCUCCUAGCACUCAACUGGAAAUCCCAAAACUGCCCUUCUUUGCUACAGCUGACAGAUAAAAUAGGACAAUUCCAUAUAUAUGAGAGGAUGGCAACCACAUCUGCUAAGAGUAUCACACAAUUUGACGUUACUUGGGGUAAAUGGGAAAGAGAGUUUGGACGGAUAAAGGACAGAACACCAACAAUAGCAAACACCGCCACAAGCACUAACCGGGACUGCAACCCGGACUAGCCCCCUACACCACAGCAGUUCUAACACCAAACCAAGACAACGACCAACGAAUUACGGGUAUUGCUCGCGCACACCCACGCAUUCCACCCACCUAUAACCCCCUCCCCCCCGGACACCCUUAGACCCCCUCUCAGGUUCUAGACCCCCUACCAGACCCCUACCACCCAGCACCUAACGAAAGGACAAGAAGAAACUUUACGACAACUAGUGCUACCUUUCGCCACUGACGACUUACAAUGCAGGCGACGACAAACGGAACACCUUGCACAUGUAACAGCACUAUAUUGUCUCAUGAAGGUUAAUGCCACAAUGUUAAGAAUGUACGGAUGUUACCUUGUGCACAAUUGUUAGUUGUUACUAUUACUAUUGUGUUGGAACAAUGUCUCUCGCACAAUGGCGACACACUGUUUUGGAAUCAAGAGUGUCAUAUAGAGGUGUUACCUGCUUAACCAACCCUCCCACCUUCUUUUCUGUACCCCUACAACAUCGAUUAACACAAUAAAAUAUAAAUUUGAAAAAAAUAAAUAAAAGCCAGGUGGAAUCCCUAAGAGUAGUGUGUGGGGAAAAAAAAAUACUAAUAAUUUAUUUUUUAUUUUUUUAAAUCAAUGGGCCUAUUCCAUGUGCCUGGGCCUGGAGCUGCAGCUCCAUCAGCCCCUAUGUUAAUCUGGCCCCGUAUAUAAUGAUCACGAAGGAGAGCUCUAACUAGACUUUUCAACCUAAUUCAAAUAUUUAUUGUGAGUACAGUCACAUUACAUCAACGUUUCAGUCUAAGAAGACUUUCAUCAGGAUAAAAUCACAUUACCAGGGUAUUGAGUAUUGGGUAUUGAAGGGUGUUUUUUCACCCUUCAAUACCCAAGAUGCAAAAAUCACAUUACCAGUUCCAACCAAUUAGCCCAAAAUACCCAGGAGCAGUGAUACCGGAUCAAAUCAAAUGGUGCAUAAACACACAACUGGACCACAUACUCUGCAGGACCUUGGAUUGUGUAUAUAUGUAUUUUAUUGAUUACAAUUAAGAACAUUUUCUGUUUAUAUCUAAUUAGUCGUCAGCAAAAAGCCUUCGUGCCACCAUUGGGGAAGCCUUCGAACGGCUCCACCGGCUUUUGAGGGAGAGGCAGAAAGCCAUGUUGGAGGAGCUAGAGUCUGACACGGCACGGACGCUGACGGACAUCGAGCAGAAGGUUCAGCAGUACAGUCAGCAGCUGCGCAAGGUGCAGGAGGGCGUACAGAUCCUACAGGAACGGCUGGCGGAGGCAGACAAGCACACAUUCCUGAGUGGAGUCUCUUCUCUAUCAGAGAGGUACAAGGAUCAGGGGACGGAAAAGUAGGGUUUGGUCAUUUUUACCCUUCAUUUAAACCAGUAAACACCAAAUGUUAUAUUUGCUGUCAUCCAUAUUCCAAAAUAAUGUAUGCCAGUAUGGAAUGCCAUCUGAGUUAUCCUGCAAGGCUACAUGUGGCACAGUGGUCUUUAACUGAGUGGGCCAUUCCAUUUUAGAAUAAGAUUUUUAAUUAAACUACAGUUAUUAUGAUAGUUUUAAAAAAAAAGUUGAAAUUCAUAAAAACGUACUUUAAUAUUAGAAGCCAACCCUUGGAGACUAAAGGGAGAAACAAAGAUUUAGGACCACAGAUUGGAAAGCCGUGUAUCUCAGGAAACAGUGUUAUCUGCCCAACACAGCAAGGGAAUCUAGCAGGGCACAGCUAAAAAGAAAUCACUCGCCCACUAGCCAUCGGCUAGUAUAAAUUCAGCCCUAGCGAGCAGGAAUUCACCUUUGGUGUCUAGUCCAUGCCUCAAUGCUUGCUCUGUGCAAUUUAUCGAAAGCCAAAAGAAAAUUCUGAGUGUGCAUUGCGAUAUUUAUAAUUGAAAUCAUCAAUGCUCAAUUGGCCGGCAGUUUUGAACAUUUGCGUUUCCAUAUAGAAUGCAAAAAAACGUGGAACUUGUGGAGGAUCCAUUACAACCUGCACUCUUUAACUAUGGGGAAUAGCUGAACCUUUAUUAUGGGGUACUUCCAGUUCAUUUUUUUUCGUUUCCAGGUUAAAAGGGAAGAUCCAUGAAACAAACCUGACGUAUGAGGAUUUCCCGACUUCGAAAUACAUGGGUCCCCUGCAGUAUACCAUCUGGAGAUCUCUCUUCCAAGACAUUCACCCAGGUAACAUCACUGCCAUUCCUAAUGUUAUAUGCGUUUAUAGAGAACAGAACAGCGCAGAAUGUUCCAGAAUAUCUAGAUAAAGGUUUAUAUUAUUUUUUGUUCUCUUUAGUUCUGUAACAAACAGCAAAAUAAAGAGUUAAAGGAAAGGAACCCACGUCUGAUAUCCCAGGAAAUAUUUGGAAAGCAAGAUGUGGCAGUGUACGUCUUGUGUUGUUGGGUAUGGUGUAACUCUACUCCAAUGUGACUAAAUGCUUACAGGGACUGUCCAGACCCCUAAAGUACUUUAGCGUGCUGAAAAGCUUUGUAUGAAGAGUAUGUCCUCUUUAUUUUUAUUUUGUAAAAAGUGCAGAUUUCUGUAGAAAUUUUAUAUUAACAAUAAAAUGAUUACACCCCCUUGGCUGUCAAUCAGACAACAGAUUAUGUUACUUCCUGGUUUGUUUGGUUAGUUCAGUGCAGAUAAACACAAGAGGCAGCAAUUACACAAAGCACCUGCCUUGCAAAGACUUCUCAUUGAGCUGCAUUAAGAAGUCUGUGAUUGGACAGCCACGGAAAGUCUGGGCGGGGUUAGAAGGGGAGGGAUUGCAAAAGCUGCAGACAAGAAAAAUGCUGAUUUUGUAAAGUGGUUUUAUCUAUAACUCCAAUGAGAAAAUGCAGAAUUAAAAUUAUGAAGUUUCCACUUGGGGUAUAUUUACUAAACAGUGAUCAAUCAUCAAUUAUAGUAUCAAAUUAGAUUUUCAGAGGGGUAAGGAUCAGACUUUUCUUUUUAUUUAUCGUGUUAAAAUAUAUUCCACCAUCAGACAAAAUGUCAUGUUGUAAAUAUGGCUUUUACGGUCUAUAUUAGUGGUCUGUAUUUUGCUUGUUUAGAGGAGAUAUUCAUUAUUAAUGUUUAAUGCUUUAUUUGACCAUUUUAAUGUGGCAUGAAGGUAAUAAGAUAAUGCCCUGAAUUUGCAAAUUUGCGAUACUAGAUAUAGAAUUGUUGGGGUGCUUUCACAAGUUCAUUUAUUCAUGAAAAAAAAAACAAUGAAUUAAUUUAUAUGGAACUAUAAGCGCUGAUACUGGUUACUUAGACGGUGCUUGCAUCGUGCUGCCUCUGAUGUCACAUGGAGCAUAAAGAUCCUACACUAACUAACUGUAAAUGUUAACCCCUUAUAUAAAUAAACAGAACAGCAGAAUGUUCAUUUAUAACCUUUGUAAGGUCUAUAACGUGCCUCCUCUGUCAGAGUAAAUGAUAUACUUUAUAAAGUGUUAUUUCCAUCUAACCUGUGCUGUCACUACAAGCGUAAUGUAUGUAGGUAUUAUUCAUUACACCCUUUCAGUGCUACAAGGAGGUGCUGUGGCAUUCACAAACUAACAGUGGUCUGGGUGCCAGGUCCCUCAGGUUUUUCUGUCUUCCUGACAGACGCUCGAGGCACUUCCUGACGCUCAAUGUGAAAAUCGCAUUGAGCACGCAGCACGUCCAUAGGAAAGCAUUGAGAAAUGCUUUCCUAUGGGCAGCUCUGGCCGCGCAUGCGGAUUCAGCUCCACUCGGGAGCUGACGCCGGAAAGGGGAGAAGUCACCAGUUUAAACCCCUUAAGCCCAGCGGGAGGGGGGCCCUGAGCUUGGGGGGGGGGGCCUAAGGAUUAUAUAGUGUCAGGAAACGAGUUUGUUUUCCGGACACUAUAGUGGUCCUUUAACAUAUGGCAGGUGAACAGCUAAAUAAAAACUAAAUGAGUGAGGGGUGGGGGGUUCUUUAAUCAGGAGAGAUCUGUGCAUUGGCUUCUCUUUGCCCUGCAGGAGAUCAAGGGUUACCAUACUGGGUACGGGGUUAUGGAUCCCCCUGUCCCUUCCUAUAAUGUCAGAGUGGACAGGAGGACUCCAGACUCCCAAACCUAUUUACUAUCCACUUUGAGAUAGCGGGAUUCCCUUCCAGGAAGGUCAGCUCAGAUAUUCAUCCUUCCAAUGUCAAUAAAAUAAGAAUCAUUAACCAAGGCAGGGGCAACUGUCCAAAUUCUGAACCUACAAUAUGUUUGUUCAACUAUAAUUUACCUCAUAUUAAUUGCACCUACACUUAUUAUAUAUCAUUUUGUUCAGGAGAAAUAGGGCUUUCAUUUCACAUCAAACAUUUAUAUACAAAACAAUUUAAUAUGAAUAAAGUCUAACAAAGUGUGAGAAAUGUUAUUUUCCAAGUUGAUCAGCACUUAAAGUGUUAAAAAAUAAAUAAAUUAAAAAAACAUUUUUUCAACAGUUUGGGACACUGUAACAGUAAUCCUUCUGCCUAUCAGAACAAAGUGAGGAAAGAGAGAGGCAGAAUACAAUGUCACAGCCUGUAAUACAGAUCAUUGGCUGUGACAUUAUUGUGUCAGUGAUUGUGGUGACAGCCUGUGAUCAUGUGACUCCGAUCGCAACCAAUUGCAGUCCCCCCCCCCAUCAGAUCCGGCGACGUGAAUAUUACAUGGGUAGCUAUAGAUGUUAGGACAUGUCAUUACAUCCUAACAUCGUUUAAGCCGAUGUAAUGACACGUGCUAACGGCGUAAACAGGUUAAGCUGGGAAAUAACAACAUCUAGACUCUUGUAAGUAAUUGAAAAGUGGUGUCAAGCUCAUUGUACCUUUUCUGGUCAAAUUCUUGAAUAUUAUUACGAUUAUAUAUAGAACAUAAAAAAACUGAAUAUAACUAAUAUUAUUUAGCGGCUGAAUUUAGAGUUAAUUUAAAUGAUAAUAAUUCAUUUUAAAGUGACAGAUCACCAUUAAUGUGUUUAUUAGUAGUUGUGUAAGUCUAAUACUGCAUGGAAAAGCUUGCAAGCUGACAGACGAAUUGUCUUUUAUGUGAUUAGUGCCAGCAGCCUUGACCCUCGAUCCAGUGACUGCUCAUCAGCGACUGAUCCUAUCUGACGACUGCACCAUUGUGGCGUAUGGCAACUUGCACCCACAGCCGCUACAAGACUCGCCAAAGCGAUUUGAUGUGGAAGUGUCGGUGUUGGGUACGCAGGUCUUUGAUGGAGGGGUCCAUUACUGGGAGGUGGUGGUAUCGGAUAAAACACAGUGGAUGAUAGGACUAGCUCAUGAAGCGGUCAGCCGUAAAGGAAGUAUCCAGAUUCAGCCUGGCCGUGGCUUUUACUGCAUAGUCAUGCAUGAUGGAAACCGGUACAGCGCCUGUACGGAGCCAUGGACACGGCUGAAUGUCAAAAGCAAACUUGAGAAAGUAGGUGUCUAUCUGGACUAUGACAAAGGUCUUCUCAUCUUCUAUAACGCAGAAGACAUGUCAUGGCUUUACACAUUUCGUGAAAAGUUCCCGGGGAAACUCUGCUCGUAUUUCAGUCCCGGGCAGAGUCAUGCCAACGGUAAGAAUGUCCAACCACUACGUAUCAACACCAUACGAAUAUAG